AAACUCAUUGAUCGGGAGUGCUGUGUACUACUACGUAUCACGUUUACAAAUAGUGUCUCCUUCUAGACACUAAAUUCUUGUAAAUAUGCCGGCUAAAGAAGGAUUAUUCAAUGAUAGUGCAAUAGAACCUACAAAGAGCGAUGGCAGUAACAAAGAAAUAGAUAGAUUAGUGGAGAAAUUAACGGACACUUUGAAGCUGAAAGCCAGACAUAAACAAACGAUGUUUCGAUCGUCGCCAUAUUGGAAUGAUGAUAACAACAAACAUUGUAGCGGUGCUGAAAAUAAACGCAAUGAAUCUCAUAGUCACAGAUCUACCUCACCAUAUCGAAACAACCGUAACAAGCCUAAGGCUACCACUAAAUCAGGGAGUCCCGAAUCAAUGCUCAUGGAACUAGACAAUUUACUCAGGGAAGGGACUCUUAUACAGGAGGCAGUAAAACGGUUGCAUAAAUACAAACAUCAAAAACACGUGCCCAAAAACCCGGCCAGUCCUGGCAAUGAUUUUGUUUAUGAUGAAAUGGACGUGUGAAUGGACAAUCCAGCGUUCGAUUAAAAAUGGACGAGACGAAUUAUAAAAG